AUGUCCAGCAGCCCCACCCACCUCGCCGGCCUCGCCCUCAUCGCCGCGCACCAAGCGCGCGCCGCCCGCACCGCGCGGCAGAUCGAGGACGAGAGCCAUCAAAUGGGCCGGGGGUUUCCGUGGGCGGCGCGCGACGCCGCGGGCUUCUGGUAUGUAGCCGUGUCGGAUCGCGAUUCCCAUGCUGACAGCGCCGUAGGCCAGCAGCAGCAGCGGGCUGCGUCGGCGGGGUACUGCGCGGAGUCUGACGAUGGCGGCUACGAGACUGACAGCAGCGUCUACAGCACCGACGAUGGUGAGGACGAGGUCGGAUGGGUGCAGGUGGGCGCGGACGAGUUCGUGCGCACGGUGGCGCCGAAGCGGGCGAGAGCGGCGGCUGGUGGCCGUGGGCGGAAGCGCGGAUGGGUGGACGAUGAGGAGGAAGAGGAAGGCCCGGCGCGGAAGAAGGCGAAGACGCGGCAUGACAGCAGCGAGGUGAUUGCCCUCAUCGAGCCCUAUCCCGUCUAUGAGAUGCGGGUCAUCCCCGCGUGGGAGUGGGCGCGCUGGAACCAGGUCUGGGACCAGGUCCUCGCGUGCGUCCGCGCCGCGGAAGCCGAGGAGGCGUAUGAAGAGCGCGUGCGGUAUGAGCAGCGGGCUGGAACCGCGUGGGAUCCGGAUGUUGACCGUGUGCACGUCGAUGCGUGGAUCUACAAGCUCUUGCGGGAUGCGCAGGCGGAUGCUAAUACGAUCCCGCUUGCGCCUGGGUUCCCGGCUGAGAACCACGUCAGCGGAUUCGGGCGUUGCGGCAUCGAUCUUGCGCACCCCCUGAAGUGGGUGGAGGUGACAGGCGGGACGAAAGCCAGGCGCAACUCGAAGCUGCUCCAACGCCGCCUUGCUAAGCACCAUUACCAAGCGAGCGACGCGGAGGCGCUGUGGGCUGAGUCCCGCGACGAGUUCUUGGAUACGCAGGGCGCGUUCGGCCCUCAGGAUUGUGCCACCCUCCCCGACGCCCUCCUGUACCGCCUCGCCUUCCCCUACGAGCUCCCCGAUCGGCAGCCCCAGCGCAACGCGGACGGCUCUGCGGGUGCUACCCUCGCAUACCCACUCCACAGCCUGAAUCUCUCAGGCCACGGCGGGACAGCGCAGCAGCGUACCUCGCAGCUCUUUGCCCGGCGUUGGACGCGCUAUCUCGCAGAAAACAUCGAGUGGAGCGAGGAGACGCUGCGGCUCUACCUCGCCCACGCCGAGCAGCCGAUUACUGAUGUCGAGGUCGCGGGCCUGGAGGAGAACUACGGCCCGUGCCAAUUCUGGGCGGAGAACUAUGGGGUUGACUGGGAUGUGCUGGAUUUGCAUGUGCCAUGGUGGACCGAGGAACUCGCGCCAGGGGAGACCGGCGAGGAGGGCGAUGAGACUGAUGACGAGGGGCCUGUAGAAGAGGUUGAGGGCGAUGCACUCGCCGAACUCUUCGGAGAGUUCGUGGAUACCUUCUACGAUAUCUGUGAGCAAGGGCUCGACUUCAUCGAGCGGAGUGUCUCGCCUGAGUCUGACAUGUCCGAGGAUGAAUUGGAUUUCGAAAGCGAUGCUAGGUAUUGCGCGGGAGUCAUACUCGGCGAUAUGUUUGCCGCGGAGGUUGACAGCGAGACGUCCGCCGAUCAGGAUGGUGGAGUAUUUCUCGAUUGGUAUGAAGACGAGAGCAAUGAGACAGAUCUGGAUUAG